AUGGGCGCCUCCCCGUUCCAACGAUCUAUCCUCGAAGUCCGGUUGCCGAAGCACUUUGACAAACCAACAGACAUGAGGUACGAUGGAACCCAGGACCCUCUGGAACACCUCACAGCCUUUGAGGCUAGAAUGAAUCUGGAGGGAGUAGGAGACGAGGUGAGGUGCCACGCCUUCCCGGUCACCCUGGCAGGACCCGCGAUUCGGUGGUUUAACGGCCUCCCGCAGGGAUCCAUCUAUGAGUAUUCGGACAUCAGUCGUGCCUUUUUAGCUCAAUUCACAACCCGGAUAGCAAAGGUGAAGUAUCCAAUUAACCUACUUGGGGUAUCCCAGAGGCCUGGGGAGCCGACCAGGAAAUACCUGGACCGGUUCAACGACGAAUGUUUAGAAAUCGACGGCUUAACCAACUCGGUGGCCAGCCUUUGUCUGACGAACGGCCUCCUCAACGAGGACUUCCAAAAACACCUCACCACAAAGCCGGUUUGGGCGAUGCACGAAAUCCAAACCGUAGCGAAGGAAUACAUAAAUAAUGAGGAAUUCAGCCAAGUCAUGGCUGCUAACAAACAGUAG